AACUCUUAAAGCCACUAUUCUAGCUCGUUUGUCAGUAAACAAUUAUUGUUACGUACCUAACAGUAAAAACUUAUAACAACUUAUUCUUCAGAAAAUGAUUCAUGAAAUGGCAGGGGCUGGACGUCAAGACUGUUUAGAUGAAGUUGGUUCCCCAUCUUCUGUUCAGUUCAAUGAGGACAGUUUUUAUACUAAAGAAGAAAUGCACACUCCACCUAAAGAGUGUCAAAUGGGUGAUAAAAUGGUGAUUGAGCAGUUGUAUGGCAGUCCAGUCCUGGUGUUCCUUCAGCCACACAGCCUGGCAUCCGCAUCGUCCAAGACGUCCAGCCCGGGACGAUUCUGCCGCAUUUGUCACGAAGACGACAGGCUGGAGGGCUUCGUCUCCCCGUGCGACUGCUCCGGCACCCAGGGCCUGGUCCACAUCAAGUGCCUCGAGAAGUGGCUCUCCUCUUCCAACACAGACAAGUGCGAGAUCUGCAAGUUCAAGUUCAGCAUCCGCAAGCAUCCCCAACAUCUGUGGCAGUGGCUGUACAGCCACCAGGCUGGCGUGUCAGGCCCUCACGGCAUCUACGGAGACCUGCUGUGCCUGGUGAUCCUGGCGCCGCUGUGUCUGGUGUCUGUGUACCUGUGUGGCAUGGGUGCGGCCGUGUACAUGAGGCACGGCAUCUGGGAGGGCACUGGCCUCGCCCUGCUGUGCUGCUUCCUGCUGCUCACCUUCGUGCUGUGGUGCACCGUGACCAUCAGGUUCCACCUGAAGGUGUUCCGCAGCUGGCAGGCGAGGAACCAGGUGGUACACCUGCAGGAAGUGCACUACCGUUACCGGAGAGGCGGGGAGCGCGUGGAAGCCAUCGUGGGCGGACGCCUGGCGGAGCAGAUAGUGCCGGACAUCAUCAGCCACGUCUAGCAGCGAGACUUGCCUGCCCACAGUUACUGUCAUCAAAACACUAUUGGGAGAACGUAGUUUUGAGACUUCAUAUUCAAUCUGCAAGUACGUUCUCCGGAAAUUAAUUGUGACUGAUGCCAAAGGAAGUCUAUAAAUUUUGAAGGGAAUUGUUAAACCAAACUAUUGAAAUAAUUUUCUUUCUGUUUUUAUACAUUUUGUAUCAAGUUAUUUGAACUUUUUUUAAACAAUAAUGUGACCUGCACAAAAUUUAAAAUUGGUAUACCAAUACUGCCAACCUGAGGAAACAAAAUUUGGCAUAGCCGAGACACAUUUUACUACAUUCCAUCUUUUGCACAAUCUUGUAAUGAUUUUUGGUUGCCUUUGACUUAUUUUAAAGAGAAUUUGUAUAUACUUGUGAUUUUUGUUCACUUUUUUUUUUCAUAUACACUGCAUAAAAAUCACUGAAAUUGUGAAAAAAUUUUAACUGUGAUAGUUUUAAAACAUUAACAUUUGCAAUAAAUAUGUGCAUUGUUUGUAGUGCAUAUAGUACUCAUUGAUAUGGAAAAUAACAUACAUGUUCAGUAUACUUGGUUAUAAUUACUCAAUUUUUUUUAAAUUGCUUUGAAACUUUUUUUUAUAUAAAAAUUCUUUGGGUGUGUGCAUUGUCAAAUACGUACCUACUUAAUUUCAUCUCCUCUCAUGGAUUAAUGGUUUAUUGCUUCCUGUUUGUUCAAACUUCUUCCUAUAUAUGUACUAUUCCUUCACUCCUGAAAUUAUUUUAGUUUAUUGUGUUGUAAUAGUUUCACUGCCUCAGUGAUGAUAAUACUACUUCUAUUUUUUAUAAAGCAUUCUUUUUCUCUAAAAACACUUGCAUGUACAUUCCUUCUUUUUAUUUUCUACAUAUAGUGGGACACUGUUAACAAGUUAAGUAAAUAAAACUUUUAACAUCCAUUACUAAAUAACUAUUUGCAACUGGCUUUUCGUUGCAUUAUUUAGAAUAUUCUUAAGUAUGGAGUAACUUUGAUCUCAUUCGUGCAUGAUACCAUAUACUGUACUCAACCUGAAUUUUCUAUGAGUAUUAACAAAAGUCUGAUUAGUCUAAUUUUUAUUAUAUUUAAUGUCAAAUUUUUGUUUUGAGUAUAAAAAUCUGUAUCUUAAUUGUAAUUUUAUGUUCUAGGGAGUUUUCAACUUUGUCUUUCAUGACAAUUUGUGAACAUUAUCAAAAAACAUUUUCUUGUAUAGUGAAGUUCAAUUAUGUUGCAAAUUUCUUGCAUACUCAACCCUCCAAAAAUUGCUGUGGUGCUGGAGAAAUAGCCAUAAACAUAGAUUUUAAACUUAUAUCAUUAUAUAGUAUUGUAUACACAAUUAGAAUAUAGUUGAGGGUUACUGGUGGAAAUAUUAUACUUAUUAUGGUUGUGCCUCGUAGCUAGUUGUAGUUUUUGCCGAUAUUUUGAACUUCACGAUUGCAUAUAUAUUUGUUUUGUUAAUAUAAAUAAACAUAUUUUCCACCUAAAAAUAAUGCAUAAUGUGAUAGUUAAGAAUAUAUGAACACUUGUUAUUUUUUUUAUAUGUAAAUAGAUAUUUGUUAUGUAGUGUUAUUUUUAUAGUUGUCACAUGAAAAAAUAUUUUACGAAUGUUGAAUAAAUUAUUUUACUAGUACCAAAGAUAUUUUAAAGUUUGUAAAUGUAUCUUAAAGGAUUCUUUUUUCGACAAUUAAGCCUAGUUCUAUUGAUACGAUAGUGGAUACUGUUACACUAGAAUGUAAGUGGCAUCCACGUGUUUUGUCAAUGAUAAAAUAAGAGGGCUUAUUAAAAAGGUUUGAGUCUGAGGCUCUCUUGUGCAAAUAGUAUAAGGAAAAUCUUUUAUGCAUACAGUAUUUUUAUUGCGCUCAGUUUUAUCUCAUAAGAAGCAAUAAUUUAGUACUGUAUUUUCAGUCCAAACAAAUUCAUUUUGGAAUUAAAUCAUUUCAGGGUUAUGAAAUUUAAAAAAAUCUGUGUGAUAAUAGUUCUACUGAUGUCACUACAUAAUGACUCUUUAAUACAGAAACCCCAAAUGAUACCAUUUUAGUACAAAAGUGUAAAAAUCAUUUAAUUUGUAAAGGUGAAAAAACUUCAAAUAGCAUUAAACUUUUCAUAAGUAGAGCAUCCUCUUUUGAAUUUUUACAUUUCACCUGAAGUGCCUUAACUCAUUGUACAAAUAGUCAGGGUUCUCGCAUCUGUGCUUUUUUUUUUUUUUUGUUCAGAAAAUUGUCUAGAAAAUUGUUGUCUUUAUCAAUAAGUAAGUUUUUGUUCCUAUCAAGUUACCAUUUCGCAGAACUUUUUAGAAGUGGCAUAUGUAUUGUACUUUUGUUCACUUGUACAUCAUGUGCUUUGUUAAAUAUAUUUAAAUAAAAGAUAAAAUUUUACCGUAAAAA